UUGUGGGUCCUGAGGAUCCAACUCAGGGUGCCAGGCUUGGUGAAAACGCCUUUUUACCUACUGGGCCAUCUUGCUAGCUCUGCCCUUAUGACCUUAUUUAACUUUAAUGACUUUUGAAAAGAACUUGUUUCCAAACACAGAAUUUAAGAACACAAAUGUUCAGCCCAUAACAGACUUGUAGGAAUUAUGAGAAGAGCUUGAGUAGCUGGAUUGGUGUGUAUAAAAUGCUGAUGACACCAGUCCACAGCAGUAAGCCUGCAAGAGGUAGUUGAUCCAGAUAGCAUCACAGAGAAAAUUCUUCUUUGAAAGGAGAAGUUAAAUGAUAAUGAUAGCCAGGAUAAAGAUAGCAUUUUGAAAAAGAGUCUAUAAGGUGUGUUGGCACACACCUUUAAAUCCCAGCACUCGGGAGACAGGCAGGCAUAUAUCUCUGAGUUCCAGGCCAGCCAAGGCUAUAUCAUGAAACCUUGUCUCAGUGGCACAAUGGAAGAGCGCUUGCUUAUCAGGCAUGAAUGCCACCCUAAAUUCAAUUCCAAGCACUGCCAAAAACAAAGGAAGAGAAGGCCCACUCACCAAGGUCAUGGAAGAGGAGGCUACAGAGGCCAAGUCCCCAGGCCCCUGCUACAAGCGCUCUGGACGCCGUUUUAAGUGCCUGUUCUGUACAAAGACAUUUCCGAAUGCUCCCAGGGCAGCGCGCCAUGCUGCUACACAUACACCCGCAGACUGCACAGAGGAGGUGAAUGAGGUCCAGCCAAAGGUGGAUGCAGAGCCCAAGGCCGAGGAAGCCAGUGGAGACAAGGUGUCUGGUUCAGUAGCCAAACCCCGGCCCUAUGCCUGCCCACUGUGCCCCAAGGCCUACAAGACAGCUCCUGAGCUACGAAGCCAUGGGCGCAGCCACACUGGUGAGAAGUCCUUCCCGUGCCCAGAGUGUGGCCGCCGCUUCAUGCAGCCCGUGUGCCUGCGUGUGCACCUGGCCUCCCAUGCGGGUGAGCUGCCCUUCCGAUGUGCGCACUGCCCCAAGGCUUAUGGUACACUCUCUAAACUCAAGAUCCACCAGCGUGGGCACACAGGUGAGCGGCCCUAUGCCUGUACCGACUGCGGCAAGAGCUUCGCUGACCCUUCAGUGUUCCGCAAGCAUCGGCGCACCCAUGCAGGCCUGCGACCCUACAGCUGCGAGCGCUGCGGCAAGGCCUACGCUGAGCUCAAGGACUUACGUAACCACGAACGGUCCCACACGGGUGAGCGCCCCUUCCUCUGCUCUGAGUGCGGGAAAAGUUUCUCCCGAUCCUCUUCCCUCACAUGCCACCAGCGUAUCCAUGCGGCCCAGAAACCCUAUCGCUGUCCGGCUUGUGGUAAAGGCUUCACGCAGCUCAGCUCCUACCAAAGCCAUGAGCGCACGCAUUCGGGCGAGAAGCCCUUCCUAUGCCCUCGCUGUGGCCGCAUGUUCUCUGAUCCCUCAAGCUUCCGCCGCCACCAGCGGGCGCAUGAGGGCGUGAAGCCUUACCGCUGCGAGAAGUGCGGGAAGGAUUUCCGGCAGCCAGCCGACCUGGCCAUGCAUCGGCGAGUGCACACCGGCGACCGCCCCUUCAAGUGCCUGCAGUGCGACAAGACUUUCGUGGCUUCCUGGGACCUCAAGCGGCAUGCAUUGGUGCACUCAGGACAGCGGCCAUUCCGCUGUGAGGAGUGUGGGCGAGCCUUUGCUGAGCGAGCUAGCCUUACCAAGCAUAGCCGCAUGCACUCCGGCGAGCGUCCUUUCCACUGCAAUGCCUGCGGGAAAUCCUUUGUGGUGUUAUCCAGCCUCAGGAAGCAUGAGCGUACCCACAGAAGCAAUGAGGCUACAGGAGCUGCCCCCCAGCAGGAGCUGGUACUGGGACUGGCGCUGCCUGUAGGUGUCGUGGGUGAGGGCUCAGCCACCCCCGUGGCAGGCGCAGGGCUAGGGGACUCUCCAGCCGGGCUGCUAGGGCUACCUGCAGAGUCUGGGGGUGUAGUAGCCACACAGUGGCAAGUGGUGGGCAUGACUGUGGAGCACGUGGAGUGCCAGGAUGCUGGCGUUGGGGAAGCUCCUGGUACCCUAGGAGAUGCAGGGGAGGUGGGGGGUGAGGAGCCUGAUGAGAAGCCUCCACAGUUUGUGUGUCGCGAGUGUAAGGAAACUUUCUCCACACUGACAUUGCUACGCAGGCACGAGCGCACACACCCACAGCUCCGGCCCUUUCCCUGCACCCAGUGUGGUAAGAGCUUCUCAGACAGGGCUGGGCUUCGCAAACAUAGCCGCACCCACAGUUCUGUACGCCCCUACUCUUGUCCCCAGUGUCCUAAAGCUUUCUUGAGUGCCAGUGACCUGCGCAAACAUGAACGCACUCACCCUGCGCCCAUUGGAACCCCCAUACCCCUGGAGCCUCUUGUGGCUUUGCUAGGAAUGCCAGAAGAAGGGUCAGCUUGAAGCUGGUAGCUCUCUCUCUGCCACACUCCCAGAUGCCCGUUCCCAGUUUCCACAUCCCUGCCACUGAGCAACUGGCUCAGCUCUCAGUCCACUAAGAGCAGGGGACAGUGGAGGCCGGCAGCGCUUGUGAGAGACACUCAUUAAAGCAUUGGCUUUGACAGCAAGCCGUCUUCUGUAUUCUGGUUGAGUUCAACUUCAGUGGAGGUUCCAGAUUAAUACAAAUUAUAAGGGUCUUGGUGGUGGUUUCUUUUGUGACAGGCUCUCACGGCUUAGCCUGAUCCAGAACUCACUGUAUAGCCCAGGCUCCCCUUGACCCCCUGCCUCAGCCUCCCGAGUACGAGGAUUCCAGGUGUUUACCACCACAAAUAGUUCCUAGAAGGGUCUUGCAAUUCAUUGUUUGCCAAAGUAUAUUUUGGGUUUCUUGUGAAAGAGCUUUCAGUGGUCAAUCAGGACAGGAGUGUGUCUGUGCCUCUUGAGAAUUCUUGCUGAUUAAAAGGUGUAUUGAAGUCCUGCAAUGAAAAACCUGUGUAGCUUUGCUUAGCCUACACUCAGGAUAAUGAAACCUUUACUGAGUGCUUCUAUCUGCUUAAGAUAGUAAGCUGGGUUAAGCAAUCGGCUGGAGAAAUGGCUCCACUGCUAAAGGCUAAGGCUCACAGUAAAAAAGUACCCAGCUUGUCUCUCCAGCUACCUUUAAAAAAAUUCUUCCCUGGGUGUGAGACAGCUAAAAAAAGAUGAUCUUUUCUGUUUAUCACAGUAACACAUUAGGAGACAUGCUUGGAGGAAAAAAAGAUCCCUCUUCACAUCAAAACCCAUGAACUACAAAGGAAUAAACCUCAUUUUAAAAGUGCUGGCUGGGCAUGGUGGUGCGCAUCUUUAAUCCCAGCACUCAGGAGGCGGAGUC